AUGGAGCUCGGCAGAUUGGUCGAGGACAUGGAGUUCACUGGUGCACUGCCAAAGUGCCAAUUGCCAUGCGUGGGUUCGUUUCUGGAGAGAUGUGCAGGAGGCAGUUAUCGCCGAAGAUUAUCUGAAAGCAGCCGGCCAAGGUGUCGGUCAGAUGCGGCCUGCGAGGGAUCGCCGUGGGCGUCUUUAAAAAAUGGCGGGGAUGGGAGCAGGGAGCAGCUUCAGUGCUUGUGCAUCGGUGCUGCAAUGCUGCAGCCUGGCAGCUGGGCAGGUGGAGGCAGAUUGAUUCUUCGUCCAUUUCUUUCUGUUGGGAUUGGGAAACCAGUUGCUGGUCCAUUUCUUGUUGCACUCCACACCCUGAAACCCCGGCGUUUUCUCAGUUACAGCCCCCGCCUCGCCCGCCGCCUCGUGCUCUUCUCGUUCACUUGCCUUGCCUUGCUUCCCAUUUCCGAGUGCCGCCCGCCACCCGGUUCCGCCUCCGCCUCCGCCACCGCCAGCGCUUCGCGUCUCUCCUGCAGGCGCCAGGUGCACGCUCGAGUCAUCAGAGGGGCAGAGGGGGGCGCGGAGGAGGCCGGCCGAGAAGCGGAGGCCCCGAGUCCCGGCGCGGGGACCAGAGGCGGCCGCUUGAACAAGCCAGCGGAGGUGCGCAGAAAUGUAAUCGGCGCCGUGGAUUUCGCUGUCCCCAGUGGUGGGAAUGCCGAGGCUGUGACCAAGUCGGACCGUUACUUGAUGAUCGCGACGAGCGGCGGACUGAAUCAGCAGCGAACAGGGAUCAUAGAUGCUGUUGUUGCAGCCCGCAUACUGAAUGCAACACUUGUCAUUCCAAAGCUGGAUGAAGAAUCCUUCUGGAAAGAUGCGAGUGACUUUGCAGAGAUAUUUGAUGUCGAUUCAUUCAUAUCCUCACUCUCGAAUGAUGUAAAGAUCGUACGACAAGUACCUGACAGGAAUGGGAAACCACUUUCGCCAUAUAAGAUGCGUAUUCCUAGAAAGUGUACUCCUAAAUGCUAUGAGAGCCGAGUGUUGCCUGCUCUUCUAAAGAAGCAUGUUGUUCAGUUAACCAAAUUUGACUACCGGUUGUCAAAUAAGCUAGAGACUAAUCUUCAAAAGCUUAGGUGUAGAGUCAAUUAUCAUGCACUAAGGUUUACAGACCCAAUCCUCAAAAUGGGUGAAAUGCUUGUCCAAAGAAUGAGGGAAAAAAGUGGGCGCUUCAUUGCUCUUCACCUAAGAUUUGAGCCUGACAUGCUUGCGUUCUCUGGUUGCUACUAUGGGGGUGGAGACAUUGAGAGAAGAGAACUUGGUGAGAUUCGUAAGAGGUGGAAGACCCUGCAUGCAGGCAACCCUGACAGAGAACGGCGGCACGGAAAGUGCCCUCUAACACCAGAGGAAGUAGGGCUCAUGCUCAGGGCAUUGGGAUUUGGGAAGGACGUGCACCUUUAUGUUGCAUCAGGAGAUGUAUAUGGAGGCGAGGAGACACUGGCACCUCUGAAAGCACUCUUCCCAAACUUUCACUCAAAGGAAACUCUAGCAAACAAGGAGUUAGCUCCUUUCUUACCAUAUUCAUCUCGCAUGGCUGCUCUUGAUUUUAUUGUAUGUGAUAGGAGCGAUGUUUUUGUGACAAACAACAAUGGCAACAUGGCCAGAAUGUUGGCUGGUCGAAGGAGAUAUUUUGGGCACAGGAGGACCAUAAGGCCCAACACUAAGAAACUUGACUCGUUAUUUCUGAAUCGAACCAGCAUGAGUUGGGACACAUUUGCAUCUAAAGUUCAGACCUUCCAAAAGGGAUUCAUGGGGGAGCCCAAUGAGAUUAAACUAGGAAGAGGCGAAUUCCAUGAGCAUCCUGUAGAUUGCAUUUGUGCAAGAUCGAAGGGGAAAACUGGACAGAGCAGGCCUCACCUAGUUAAAGGUGCUGGAGAAGCUGUGGAGAAUCAUUCUAUUGAUGGGGAACUUGACUGGAAGGAUUUGGACUACGGAGAGCAUACACCCUUGGGCAGGGAUUCAUCUAAUGAAACCGAAUCAGAUGAUAUUCGUGUUGGUGGAUCAGACAUUCCUGAACUGGAGGAUAUGAUGUCAGACUAG